AUGGCUAGAGCUCAAAAUGUGCCGAUAUCGUGCUCAGUACUGAGAGAAAAAGCUCUGCAAAUAGCCGCGGAAUUGGGAGAACCUAAUUUUAUGGUGAGCAAUGGAUGGAUUCAGAGAUUUAAAGUAAGACAUGAUUUAACUUUGAAGACAGUAUGCGGUGAAGCCGGAGGUGUUGACGAAACUGUUUUGAAUGACUGGAGGAAAUCUGUGUUAGAAGAUGACAUUUUGAAACGGUAUAAGCCAUGCGAUGUAUUCAACGUCGACGAAUGUGGUCUUUUUUUCCGCGUCUUACCUGAAAAAACUCUAGCGUUCAAAAAAUGA